AUGACAAAUAUUAUUGUAUUUUUCAUCAACCAACCGGAGAUGAAUAAAUUAAGACUGAUUAAAGAUGCCUUAGAGAUUUACUUAAAUCAGUCUAGUAGUUUUUUAUCAGGACAUGAGGAAUCUGGACUGGUUAAUCCUUCAUUACCUCUCGGAUUUACUAGGGCAGAAUUAGAAACUGCUUAUCUGAGUCAGAAAGAGAAGAAUGAAAAGAUAGUUAGAGAGUGUAAAGAGUUAUUAAGUAAGUUGGAAGAAUAA